AUGAGCCCUACUCCUGAACCCCCGACAACCAAAAAGCGCGAGUCCCGUGCUGGGGCGCGUAAAGUGACGUCGCUCUCUGCCGAACAGCUGGAGAGGAAGCGCGCCAACGAUCGGGAAGCCCAAAGAACCAUUCGUCAACGGACCAAGGAGCAUAUUGAACGGCUGGAGCACCAAGUGGCUGAGUUGAAAGCCAAGGGGGAACAAUUUGACGAUGUCGUCCGACGGAAUGUGGCGUUAGAACAUGAGAUCCGAGCUCUGAAGCAUCAGCUCGCCCUGGCUAGCAGACAAGGAUAUCCGGGUAUGGAAGGAACGUAUAGCAAUGCACCUGGGUCUAUGGUCCCGGCCACGCAGUUUGCAGAGCCUUUGGGGAUGAAUCCAGCUUCCAGGGCCCCGUCGGUCCUCUCCACGUCCAGUCGUGUCUCGGUUGGGUCGGAAUGGCCUCCCUAUGGCACCAACCGGUCACCUUCAACAUGCGAAUCGAGCGAGACGAAUUAUGGAAACCGGGCCGAAUCGUACUUGUUCGAAAAUCAACUUCAGCCUACGAGCGCAAUGUCCGUCGCGCCGCCGCAGGUCAGCUACAGUGCGCCUGUCGGUGCUCAACCAGACCCGACAUUUCAAUCGUAUGCACAGGCAUAUCACACCGGAAACGCUCCUCGUGGACCGGUAGAUGACCUAGCAUCCCAUCCUCCACAGCCAGUACCUUACGUACCUGGACAGAGGCCGAUGUCAGUGCCAACAAUACCAACAGAGAGACCGGCAGGAUAUCCUCUCGUACAUGCGCCACAACAGUAUCAUCAACAUACGCUUCCACCUCAAACACGGAAUGACUACGGCUAUGCCUGGAACCCGCAUCAGUCGUGAGACGAUGGACAAGCACGUGGGGCUCUCACGAAAGAAAAGAGAUUCUUGCAUGAGGCCAAGGCAAUCGCGGUUGUUGCCUGAAUGGUUCAGCAAGCGAUCAUAUGAUGAUUACGAUCAAUACUCUCCGACUCAACGCACGGGGAGGACCUGGUAUCCGGGAUGCAAAACACUGUUGCGUGCAACUACGCAAACAACACACACACUUACGGACUGGUCAUAUAGCACAGGGCUAUCUCCAAAUUGUCUACAUAACUUGUGAUGAAGGGGCUUCAUUGGAUCCGGGAAUUGGCUUGCCUUUGCCAGGCGUCCAGCAAAGAAAAAAAAAAAAAUCCCAGGGGUCCGGAUAUCUCAGUGGCACUGGCGG